CCCGCGCAGCCGUGGCCGGUGGUGGCGCCCUCAGGCUUCCAUCUAGAAGUUUCGGGAAGGUGAAGAACUUGGCCCGAGAGGCGCAACCUCAGGUGCCCCGUCCAGCUGCUGCUCCUGCCCACACCAUGCCCCGCGGCCAGAAGAGUAAGCAGCGUGCCCGUGAGAAGCGCCGCCAGGCCAGGAGCGAACACCAACGUGGCCGGGAGGCCCAGGCCGUGGCCGCCGCAGAAGAGUCCCCCGUGGCUGGGGAUCCGGGCCCCACCCCUGCCGCGGGCGCUCCCCAGGGAUCGCAGGGAUCCGCCGCCGCCUCGAGUUCCUGCUCGAGUUCCGAUGAGGACGACGGGAGCCUGGGGGCCUCGGCCUCGGCGCCCAGCGCCAUCAGAGACCCCCUGACCUGGAAGGCGGGCGUGCUGGUGCAGUUCCUGCUGCAGAAGUACAAGGCGCAGGAGCCUGUCAGCCGCGCGCAGAUGCUCAGGGUGGUGAAGAGGAAGCACAAGGCGCACCUGCCCGAGAUCCUGCGCAGGGCCCGCGACCGCCUGGAGCUGGUCUUUGGCAUCGACCUGAAGGAGGGCGACCCCGGCAGCCAGUCCUACGUGCUCGUCAGCAAGAUGGCGCUUCCCAGCGGGGACGAUCUGGACGACGCCAGCCUGGGCCUUCCCAAGAACGGGCUCCUGCUGCCUCUCCUGGGCAUGAUCUUCAUAAGCGGCGACCGCAUCACGGAGGAGGAGAUGUGGAAGUUCCUCAACGUCCUGGGCAUCUAUGACGGGAGGAGUCACUUCAUCUUCGGCGAGCCUCGGAAGCUCAUCACCCAGGACUUGGUGCGGGAGCAGUACCUGGAGUACCGCCCGGUGCCCGACAGCCAUCCCCCGCGCUACGAGUUCCUGUGGGGGCCGAGAGCCCAUGCGGAGACCAGCAAAAUGAAAGUCCUGGAGUUUUUGGCUAAAGUUAGUAAUUCGGUUCCCACUUCCUUCCCGUCCCACUACGAGGCAGCUUUGAGAGAUGAGGCAGCGCGAACCCAAGCCAGCGCGGCAGCCGGGGGAGCCUCCGGGGACGCCCCCGGGGCCCUGGGCAGCGCCAGCGACUCCUCACAGCCCAAGUGAAGCCCGAGGCGGAGGCUUUGAAGUGGAGAGGGACCCUCGACCUUCUGGGGGGGCAGGAGCGCACACAGUACAGAGCUCCUUUGCGGCGCGGUGGUGAUGCGUAGUUAGAGAGUUCGUGUCCGCCCGUAUUUUCAGCGUGUCCCUUUUCAAGAGGUUUGUUUAGAUGCUUCGUUGUUUAAGUAUCGCGUGGCUCGUGUUUGUUGCUGUGUGUUAAGUUUGAGCAUAAUUGUUUUGCAUUUUGUCAAACAAAUGGAACAUUCUCGCAUCUUUUAGUGUGUUCCAGUGCGAGAACAUGGCAUUGAGCUAGAGAUACUGUUUUAAACGUGGAAAAACUCCACAUGAAAUAGUUGAGAUGGGGGAGUGAAAGGGGUUAAUGGUUGACCGACUUUAUUCUUUUGUGUUUUCGCAAUAAAAAUAAAAGAGAGAGUACCUGCAUUUGCUUGUCUUAUUCAAGAAUGUGAAAGAAAUUAAAUCAUC